UUGGAGGCGUUUAGGCGUGUAUAGAUAAAGACGUCACUAAAUUUUACAAAAUGAUAGUUACCUGGCAGCAACGUUUGCCUCUGUCAACACAGUAGGCCUCGUGUUAGUGUACGCACUUUAGGUGUUACUUUCGACAGAGCACUGCAAGUACUGCUUGCUGUUCAGCUCAUCUAGACGUCGAGACUGUUGGGUGUAGUAUCACGUAUCUGUGGCCUUUUACUCAACUCGCUCGUUACCGUGCAGAAGAUUUGUGACUACAAAGAUGGCUGCCUUUCCGACCCAACCAGGUUAUCCGAACCAGCCGGGCUAUGUACCCGAAGGUGGUCCGCCACAAGGCUACCCGCCACAAGGCUACCCGCCACAGGGCUACCCACCACAGGGCUACCCACCACAAGGCUACCCUCCUCCUGCUGCACCUGCCAUGCAGCAACAGUCUAACACAACGGUCGUCAUGGCUCCCCAGGCGCCUGCGGCCAAUAACACGACCGUCAUUGUGGACAGGCGUGGUCCUAAUCACUGCUUACAUUGCUGUAUUACACUCUUGUUCUUUCCCUGGAUAAUUGUCUGGAUCAUAGUGUGCAUCACUGACCAUUAGAUGACCGGCCUAGACGCUUGCAACUAGGGAGACGGUGAACACUGACACGUGUAUGCGUUAAAGUUAAAUGGAAACGUGUAGCUUGUAGUCUAGGUGUGUUGUGUGUGUCUCUCGUGCGUUAUUGCUGGAUUACAGAAUGUCAAGAAAAGCAGUAGAAAUGUCGGUUCACGGACACCGGCUGUACGUACUCGCGGAAUUCUUUUAGAAUGUUGUCGUCACGUGAUCGGAAAUUAUGGGCUCUGAGAGUUGUCUGAGUUUCGGAUGGAAAUCACUUAUAGUCGCACUUUUUCGUUGUCUCUCUGGUUGGCAGUCAGUUGAAUGGGCGUAAUAUAAACUUGUAUUGCAUGUAUAUGCGGUGAAAUUAAAUUAUUUAAUUAAUUAAUACACACGGUCACGCUUUACACGUGUUGUGUAUCAUAAAGACUUGGGUUAAUGUGCAUGUGCGCGGAGUGCGCGCGCGUGGGUUGAUGCAUAGAAACUGUUAGCAGGGAUUACAACACUGGUGAGAUGAGUGAGA